AUGGCAACGUCUGAGGCCUACUCUAUCCUCUAUGCUUACCCUAGCAACACGCUCGGCAGACUAGAGCAGAUCUUUACAGCCUUUCUCAGCUGCUUCACACAGAAGGGACGCAGCCUGUAUUCUGCCCGUCCUGCCGGAGUGACCCUGCAGCAGCGUCUCUGGGGAAGAUCCAACGUUGCUCUGGUAUGACAGAGGCGUAGAGACCUAAAUCGUGAUCAUCUCCCAGUCCUGGUCCACCUGUACAUCCAGAUCUGUCCUUACCUUCUAGCUCCAGUGAUGUCCGGUGUGGGGUCACAGAGAAGAAUCACUCUGAGGUCUUGACAGUGGAUGUAGUUGAAGUGCUACCUUUUCUAUCUUGCCGAGCGGGCACUGAUUUCACAAAGCUGAUCUGUGGUAGAGCUGCAAACCACAUGGUGGAUGGCUGGAGGUCCUGUGAUUUUGAGUGGUUACAUGUGUGAGUGUUGCUGGCUCAGAAGAGGGAAAUUGGCUAAUAGUUUUUUGCUCAUAAAGGGUUGCCAGGUAUACUCUGCUGUAUUUACAUUGGCUUUGCUUAUCAUUUUAUAUCUUACUUGCCUAACGUUCCUAGUCUGUUGUUAUUUUCUCUAACUCUUAUAUGUGCCUUCUUUGCAUGUUAUCAAAAAACAAAACAACAGUGCAGUAUCUUUGUCAUAUGUAUCCAUAAAUGUGUGUGUUUUCUUUGCACUGCAAAAAUAAAGAAUAAAAAAAAAAAAAGUAAAAUAAAGAUGGUGGUGCACUUGGGAGCUUCACCCGAAUUAAGGUAAGUAAAUCUUCUUUUAACCCCUUCACGACGCAUGACGGUUCAGGACCGUCCUCGGCAUUUUUGUGUUGCCGACCGAGGACGGUCCUGAACCGUCCUAAUGGAAAACUGGCGGCGGGAGCGAUCAGAGAUCGCUUCCGCCGAAAUCCCGUUGUUACUAUCUGCCUGGCAUCCCAGGCAGAUAGUAACAGCCAAUUACGGCGUGUGAGCUUUGACACUGAUCUCUGCCUCUCUCCCCUCUGUAGCGUUUUGUGAGAGGAGAGAGACAGAGAUCGUGAUAGUUUGUUGCAGCAGCUGUUCCAGAGAAUAUUAAAAAGUAUCUGCAGUGAAUAAAAAUCCCAUUUUAACCCCUUCCCUGCCAGAUCUGUUACAGACAGUGCAUUUGUACUGUCUGUAUUUUUUUUUUUUUCCCUUAAGGGUUAACUUUAUUUUAAAAAAUCUGUGUCUUAGACUGUCUUAGACUGUCUUAGACUGUUGUAGUCUGUCCUAGUCAGUCAGUUUCCUUCCCCCAAAUCUCCAUUAGAUUCUUCUAACAGGAGUUAGUUUAGGGAUUACUGUUUUAGUCUGUUUUAGUGUUAAAAAAAAAUAAUAAUUUGUGUUUAGUAUUUUGUUAGUUUAGUCUGUUAGUGUGAAACAUGCAGCGCAUGUACAGCUUGGAGGAGGUCAGUUUAGCGGCACGUCUAGUGACAUGUCAUCUGUGUGUGAGCCAGCUGCUAAAAGAAGCUGUGCUUCCCCUGCCACGCUGAAUGUGGACAAGGACUGGGUACCUCCACAGUUAGCUGAGCCCAACAUCCCCCCUCUUAGUGCCAACGCAGGCAUUAAUGUGAAUGUGGUUGACUUCUCCCCUAUACAAUAUAUGGAGUUAUUUUUAGGGGAUACCAUCUGGGAGGAGAUUGCUUCCCAGACAAAUUUAUACGCUAGCCAAUUUAUUGAGACCAAUCCAGGUAGCUAUACAGUCAGGGAGCAUGCUUGGCAUCCCACAGAUGUCCCUGAACUUAAAACAUUCUGGGCUCUUACCAUGCUCAUGGGGAUAAUAAAAAAGCCAUCAAUCCGGUCUUACUGGAGCACCAACCCAAUUUGUUCGACUCCUAUAUUCUCCCAAACAAUGCCUAGACCAAGAUAUGAGCUGCUGCUGAGAUACUUACAUUUCAAUGACAAUAUGCUCUGUCACCCCAGAGAUCACCCCCAAUAUGAUAGGCUUCAUAAAAUACGCCCACUGGUAGACCAUCUUCAGCACAGAUUUUCUGAAGUUUAUACUCCCCAACAAACUUUAUCUAUUGAUGAAUCCCUUAUGAAAUACAAAGGGAGAUUAGGGUUCAAACAAUAUAUCCCCUCAAAGCGGUUUAGGUAUGGCAUUAAAGUGUACAAACUUUGCGAGAGCGAAAGUGGCUACACAUUUGCCUUUCGUGUAUACGAGGGGAAAGAUGCUCAACUGAACCCUCCUGGCUGUCCUGACUCUCUGGGGACACGUGGGAAACUUGUUUGGGACCUACUGAUCCCCUUGUUCAAUAAGGGUUACCACCUUUAUGUGGACAAUUUUUACAGCAGUGUCCACUUGUUUAAAAUUCUUUAUAGUUUACAGACACUGGCCUGCGGCACUGUAAGAAGAAAUGCCAAGGAUUUCCCCAGACCUCUCAUAGAGGGCAGAUUAAAAAAAGGGGAAUGCAAAGCCAAAGCUGAACUGCUUGCGCUAAAAUUUAAGGACAGGAAGGAUGUUCACAUGCUAACAACCAUCCAUAACGAAGGCAUGUCAGACGUCACUGUCCGAGGCAGGGUACAGACAAAACCGGUGUGCAUCAGGGCUUAUAACAGGCACAUGGGGGUGUUGAUUUGGCUGAUCAGCUGAUGCAGCCAUAUCUUAUCUUAAGAAAGACAAAAGCCUGGUAUAAAAAGGUGGCUAUCUACCUGUUGCAAGUAGCAACACAUAAUUCAUUUUUACUUUUUUAAAAAAUGAAUCCAGGAAGAACCACCUAUCUCCAAUUUCAGCUCAAGCUGAUUUCCACAAUAAUUUAUGGAGAUGGUCAAGUUCCAACGACAGUGCAAGAGGAGUCUAGACAUUUUAUUUUUAAGAUACCGCCAACACCAAAAAAAAGAAACCCCCAGAAACGUUGCCGGGUCUGUUAUAAAAAAGGGAAAAGGACAGACACCCCUUUUCACUGUCCCGAUUGCCCUACAAAACCUGGACUGUGUAUUGGAGCAUGUUUUAAGGUCUACCACACAGAAAAUACAUUUUUAUAAUACUUGUUCCUGAUUUAUUUUUUUUGUUUAUUUUGAAAGCAGCAAAUUUCUAUUAGUCAGUAUCCUUCCCCCAAAUCUCCAGUUAGAUUCUUUUUGCAGGAGUUAGUUUACAGAUUGCUGCUAACAGAAGUUUUAGUCUCAUUUAGUCUGUUUUUAUCAGUUUUAGUCUGUUUUUAGUAUAAAAUAAAAAAAAUUGUGUGUUAGUAACUCUGUGUUAGUCAGACUCUGACGCCACUGACACUGCGUCCGAUUUUGACCCAGGUCAGUUUUCUGACAUGUCAUCUGUGUGUGAGCCGGCUGCAAAAAGAAGCUGUGCUUUCUCUGCUACGCCGAAUGUGGAGGAGGAACAGGUUUCUCCACAGUUAGCUGAGCCCCAAAUCACCCCUUUUAGUGCCAACACAGGCAUUAAUGUCAAUGUGGAUGACUUCUCCCCUAUGCAAUAUAUGGAGCUAUUUUUAGGGGAUACCAUGUGGGAGGAGAUUGCUCCCCAGACUAAUUUAUAUGCUACCCAAUUUAUUGAUACCAAUCCAGAUAGCUAUGCAGUCAGGGAGGAGUGUGCUUGGCAUCCCACAGAUGUCGCUGAACUUAAAAAAUUCUGGGCUCUUACAAUUCUCAUGGGGAUUAUAAAGAAGCCAUCAAUUUGCUAUCUACCUGAUGCAAGUAGCAACACAUAAUUAAUUUUUACUCUUUAAAAAAAAAAAUGAAUCCAGAAAGAACCACCUCUCUCCAAUUUUAGUUCAAGCUGAUUUCCACAAUAAUUUAUGGAGAUGGUCAAGUUCCAACAACGGUGCCAAAGGAGUCCAGACAUUUUAUUUUUAAGAUACCGCCAACUGCAAAAAAAACAAAUCCCCUGAAAUGUUGCUGGGUCUGUUAUAAAAAAGGGAAAAGGACAGACACCCCUUUGCACUGUUUUUUUUUCUUUGAAAGCAGCAAAUUUUAGUUAGUCAGUUUCCUUCCCCCCAAAUCUCCAAUUAGAUUAUUUUUGCAGGAGUUAGUUUAGAGAAUGCUGCUAAAGGUGCAUUUGAUACCUGCACAUUUGGUUAAAAAAGUUUUAUGGUAGUAACAUAUAACUGGCUGGCCAAAACCAGAUGACGUGUGCAUAAAAAGCAGAAUUAAAAAAUUACCACCAUGCACGUUCUCUGAAAUUUGUUUAGCACAAUGGUUGGGGGAAGGAUGUGAAAACACCUCAUAUACAAUACUCUGGAAUGUCUACUUUAUAAAAAUAUAAACUUUCAUGAUGUUAACAUUAAUGGGGGGAUGCAAAAAUAUGCCAAACUGAAGAUAGGCCAAGCAUACCUAUAUACCAAGUUGAAAAACUGAUAUGAACAAGUCUUGAUUGUGGCCUUUUAGCCCCCAAACAACACAGCAAACCUAUGCAUGGGUGAUGUCACUGUACUCAGGAGAUGUUGCUGAACACAUAUUGGCGUGUUGUUUGGCAGUGAUACAUAACAGUAUCUGUUAAUUCAUGCCUAAAGUACAAUGUAUGUGUAAAAAAACAAAAAUUACUACCCAAAAGUUUGCCAAAGACUGGUGGUAGAAUUAUUGCAUGGAAAGUAUUAAACUACCACCAUUUAAAAUACCCUGAGUUGUCUACUUUUCAAAAAUAUAUGGUUUGAUGGGGGUAAAAUACAUUGGCCCAAAUAGGACAGGGGCGCUGGUUUACUACAUGUCAAAAUUCCAAGUUAAAAAUGGAUAUGUGCACCUGCCAAAUGUGGCCUUUUAGCCCCCAAACAAUCCGACAAGCCUAUGCAUGGGUGGUAUCACUGUACUCAGGAGAUGUUGCUGAACACAUAUUGGCGUGUUGUUUGGCAGUGACACAUAACACGAUUUGUUAAUUCAUGCCUAAAGUACAAUGUGUGUGAAAAAAACACACAAAAAAUGACUACCUAAAUGUUUGACAAAGUCUGGUGGUAGAAUUAGUGCAUGGAAAGUGUUAAAAAAAAACACCAUUUGAAAUACCCUAGGGUGUCUACUUUCCAAAAAUAUAUGGUUUGGUGGGGGUAAAAUACAUUGGCCGGCCUUACAAAUGUCCCAAAUAGGACAUGUGCGCAGGUUGACUACAUGUCAAAAUUCCAAGUUGAAAAAUGGAUAUGCGCACCUGCCAAAUGUGGCCUUUUAGCCCCCAAACAAUCCGACAAGCCUAUGCAUGGGUGGUAUCACUGUACUCGGGAGAUAUUGCUGAACAUAUAUUAGUGUGUUUUUUGGCAGCAAGACGUAACAGGAUUUGUAAGUUUAUACCUGAAUUGCAAUGUAUGUGAAAAACAAAACCAACUACCUAUGCAAAGUUUGGCAAAGACUUGUGGUAAAAUGGCUGCAUAGAAAGUGUCAAAAUAUCCUUAGAUGAAUACCCUGGGUUGUCUACUUUAAAAAAAAUAUAUACAUGUGGAGUGUUUUCCAGAGAUUUAUGACAGAUAAUAGUGUUACAAUGUCACUAUUGAUACAUUUUAAAAAUGUAUGUUUUGAAACCGCCAAAUCCUACUUGUACCUAUAGCCCUAUAACUUGCAAAAAAAAGCACGUAAACACUGGGUAUUUUUAAACUCAGGACAAAAUUUUGAAUCUAUUUAGCUGUUUUUUUCAUUCGUUUUUGUAGAUGAGUAAAAGAUUUUUCAAGUAAAAGUCAAAAAACAUGUAUUUUUUUCAAUUUUUCAUCAUUUUUUUUUUUUAAUUAAAAUACAUGAGAUUAUAUAAAUAAUGGUAUGUAAAGAAAGACCCUUUUGUCCUGAAAAAAACAAUAUAUAAUUUGUAUGGGAACAGUAAAUGAGACAGCUAAACACAAACACCAGAAAAGUGUAAAAAUAUUCCUGGUCGCAAAUGUACAACAUCGCAAAAACAGUCCAGUCCUUAAGGGGUUAAAUGUUUUUUGAUUGUUUAUUUCAAGGGAGACUUAUAGAAUAAUGCCAAUAGGACAUUAUUCUGUAGCUUAAUAAACAGGGGUGAAGAAACCCUUUAAGAUUUAUUCCUGCCUGUAUAAAAGAAAGAAAAUAGAUUUACUUAAUAAAUAAUUGGCUCUUUAAAUUACGUAGAAUCCCCUUGAUUUAAAAAUAAUUCUCAAAUAUACUGCUUCUAUGCCACUGAUGUUCCUGAGUGCUAAAUGAAAACUGAUGCCUAAGUUUCCUGUUUUUCAAUCUUCAUCAGUUCACCUCCAUGCAAAUGUCCUUUUUAUUAUUCGUACCACAGAAGAAUUCUUUGAUUAAAGAGACACAACUCUUGAGUGUUUUUCCUACCAUUUCCUAUAAUCAUCUCCUCAAUGAUGCUACAGUCUGUGUUCUCAUUUUGAUUUCUGUAAAAUUGUAAAGAAGAGAUGUUGGCGAGCACUUUUAUGGCCUAUGUGGUAGCAUCCUCGCCUACGUGGCUAUACAAAAGAUGUAUCUAAUUUUAAUAUCCAUCUUUCAUAAUAAUUGAAGAAUAAUGCCAUCCUUGUAAGUGCUUGGGGGUGUCUUAUCCAUAAUAGCUUCUGUUGCAUAGCAAAUGGUUGCUAAUCAGGCAAAUAAUAGAAUGUAAUAACCCUUCUAGAGCUCCGAUGAUCCUGAAUUCCACUGCAGAGCAGCCUGUAAUGGUCAUGCAAGACUUAACUCUUUGUGUUGAAAUCAUAUUGUAAAAACAUCCUUGUGUUUUAGAUUUGGGUUUACAAAUUGCCAUUUUAAUUUGAAACACCUUUAAAAAAUACAUAUACUUGCAGAGCUUGUGUAGAAUUUAUGCUGUUGUUCCCAAAUAGACAUGUGAUGUAUGUAUGCAUGAAUGUUUGUUUUUGUACAUCUGUGAUUAAAAAAAGUAGUUUGGCAAUUCAUCUUUUUACCUUUAAAGAGACACUAUAGUCACCAGAACAACUACAGCUUAUUGAAUUUGUUCUGGUCCGUAGAAUCAUUCCCUUCAGGCUUUUCACAGUCACCACUGUCUUUUCAGAGAAAAUUCAGUGUUUACAUUACAGCCUAGGGAUACCGCCACUGGUGAACAAAGAAAGUGUGGUAAACCGCGUCAAAUAAGGUGAAUUACUUCAACUACAAUAUUGUGUUCAAUUAUUAUGCUAAUUUACAAAUAUAUACAUAAAUUUUUUAGAGGUUUUUUUUUUUAUUUAUGAUCUUUGGGGGACCUCAAAGAGAGAGAAAUACCAAUUGUGUAAAAAGUGAAAUGAAGUUUUACAAAGUGUCAACUCACACUUUAGAGAGCUACUGAGAGCUCUGCUGGUAAACGCCUUGACGGUAUAAUCCCCGUCUAGGGAUAUGUUGAUUCUCAGUGCAGUAGCCUCUCAGUGUUCAUUAGUCAUGUAGAGGAGAUAUAACAGAAAAAUAACCCAAUGGUAUAAUAUAUCAUAUAUUUAAAUAUAAGUAAAAGAAGACCGUAUUCUACUUACAAUAUCCAGUGCAAUGACUUGCUCUGGUGAUAUAAUCCCCACCUGGGAUAUGAAGGGUUUGGAUCUGAAGCGGCAGGAUGUAGAUGAAGAGUGGAAUAAAAUAUAUACUCAAACUAAAGUUACAUUAAAAUAUAAGCUUUAUUUGUAUAAAACCAAAAUGAAACAAGUAUCCAAAGUCACUUUACGUGUUUCACCCAGGAAUAGGCUUCUUCAGAAGUGUGGCUGCAUCUUAAAAUGUCCCAGUUUAUAUAGGCAGUGUAUGUUAGAUAAGUAGAAUCCAGUGUGCUGCUUGAUCCUUCCGGGUUUGUGUGUGUUGCCCGUAAAUGAUGUCAUGCGACCCUGCCUGUAGCAUCAUGGGAGAUGUAGUUUCUCUUGCGGUUGCAUCUCAAUCACUGUCAUUCUCAAUGAGUAUGGGAGUGGGUUUACCACACUUUCUUUGUUUACUUGUUACUACUCAGGCAGGGUUGGGGAAUCCCUGCUGGUUCACUGCUGGCCAUUAUCUUAUUAUAGUGGGUGCCUAUUCUGCGUUUUUGUUUGUGUUUGUUUGUUUUUGUUUUAUUUUAAUUAUACCUCCACUGGCCACUCCUCAGAUGACUACUAGAGGUGCUUCCUGGGGCAGUGCUGCACAGUGAGCAUUCAGUGUCUCCAUCCCCUUCAUGCAGACACUUAACAUUCCUCAUAGAGAUGCAUUAAUUCCAUUCCUAUGGGAAAUCAUCGUAAUUGGCUCAGAACAAUACUUUUGCUGAUGUCAGCAGAAGCAGGCAGAUCAAGUGCAGAAUACAAGUAAACGUAACUAAUGACACAAGUCAGUAGUAAAAACAGGAAUACAGUGGAAAUGGAAUAGGAUUGGCUAGUAAAAAUUGCCACAAAAAUGUAAAAAAUCUGAAGUAGACCGAGGUCUACUAAACAGUGAAAUAUGAAAUUUAUAAAAACGAUAUGCUUGUGCACAAGUUCAUAUAUCUUAUGCAGAAAAAAAUGAAUGCUUGUAGUGAUAUACAGUCAAACUAAGUAAAAAUUAAGAUAAUUUAAGUCUAUUGAGAGAAUUGUGUCAGCUUGAUAUCAGACUGAUUGCCUACUAUGAUAUAAGUAGGAAGAAAAUCUGGUGAAGCUGAAAAAUUGUCAUAUGUCGUAUCGGUCUAAUGCAUAAUGAUGUAGGAAAACCGAUACAUGAAUCAGAAAUUAUAUAUAAUUGUUGGGACAGCUGGGACCAUAUUCACCAAAUAAACAAUUGGUAACACACUGGGCUGUGAAGGACUGAAAUCCUGCAGCGCCCGCAAGAUCCCCUUGCUCAAAGCACAUGUACAGGCACGUCAGACGAUGCCAGUGAACAUCUGAAUGAUUCAGAGGAGAACUGGGUGAAAGUGUUGUGGUCAGAUGAGACCAAAAUCGAGCUCUUUGGCAUCAAAUCAACUCACCGUGUUUGGAGGCGUAGGAAUGCUGCCUUUGAACACCAUCCCCACCGUCAAACAUGGAGAUGGAAACAUUAUGCUUUGGGGUUGUUUUUCUGCUAAGGGGACAGGACAAAUGCACCGCAUCAAAGGGACGAUGGACGGGGCCAUGUACCAUCAAAGCUUGGGUGAGCACCUCCUUCCCUCAGCCAGAGCAUUGAAAAUAAGUCGUGGAUGGAUAUUCCAGCAUGACAAUGAACCAAAACACACAGCCAAUGCAACAAAGGAGUGGCUCAAGAAGAAGCACAUUAAGAUCCUGGAGUAGCCUAACCAGUCUCCAGAUCUUAAUCCAAUAGAAAAUCUGUGUAGGGAACUGAAGGUUAGAGUUGCCAAACGUCCUCCUUGAAACCUUAACGACUUGGAGAGGAUCUGCAAAGAGGAGUGGGACAAACCUACAUGAAACGUCUGACCUCUUUGAUUACCAACAAGGGUUUUGCCACCAAGUACUAAAUCGAAUUGGGUCAAAUACUUAAUUCACUCAUUGACAUGCAAAUCAAGUUGUAACUUUUUUGACAUGCGUUUUUCUGGAUUUUUGUUUUCUUUUUUUUGUUAUUCUGUCUCUAACUGUUAAAAUACACCUACCAUUAAAAUUAUAGACUGAUCAUUUCUUUGUCAGUGGGCAAACGUUCAAAAUCAGGAGGGGAUUAAAUAUUUUUUUUCCCUCACUGUAUCAUCAAAUCACUGACUUAGCUUGAUGGAAUGAAUGAGGCCUAUUUUUCAUUGGUUACUGGGAACAAAAAAAAUACGUUGUUUUUUUUUUUCUUGCAAACACAUUGGUAGGUUUGACAGAUUCAUCUGCCAGCUGGUUCGCCAUCCGCGUAAAAAUAAUCUGAGAAUAAUGAAAAACCUUGCCAAAUGUGGAAGUCAAUAAACAAUAGCAGAUGAUUUGUGAUGAAGAAGUUACUUUCCAUAAAUCAGAGGAACCAUGUGUUGUACAUUGUCAGCCAAACAUUUAUUUCACUGACAGUGUAGUAUAGAGCUUUUCAAAAUAGGUUUGAUAGCCACAUCAUGGCGUGUAGGAUAAGAAAUGUUGCCAUAUGGAGAGACACACCUCCUCCUAUUUUUGCAAACAGACUCCUAUCACUUUAACAUUUUGGUAAAACAAAUAUAUACUUAUAAUAUCUCUGUCUGUGUAUAUUUAUAUACAUUCUUUAUAUUUUGGUUCUUUCCACCGACUAAAAAUUGUUUUGUUUUUUGUUUUCUUUUUAAUUAUGAUUUUUAUACCGGUACUUGUUCUUGUUGGAAUCAAAAUGUAAUAAAGGUAUUGAAAAUAAAUCAGUCAAGAUAUAAAAUAUAAGAAAAAGCUAACAAAACACAAUUGAAUAAACAUAGGAAAAUAUCUUAUUGCAAUUUUAAGGAAAAAAAGUAUAAUCUUGUUUCACCCACCUCCUUGGUGGGUAGUGACUAGUAUAACCACUUUAUUAUACUAGAGCAGGGGUAGGCAACCUUUUAGCAUCACUGUGCCGAUAUAGGAUUGUGAUGUCCCGUAGCGUGCCGGUCCUAUUUUUUUAAAUUGAGGUGUGUAUGCUGUUGUAUUCUGCUUCUGUUAUUUAUACUGUAAUUGCUUUGUAUCGUUGUAUUUGUGCAUAUAUGAGCUAUUAUAUUGUAUAUGUUCAUGAGUAGUUUGUGGUAUCGUGUAUGAUACAUAUAAAUGUGGGCGGUGUAUGGGGGCUGCUUGUGGAAUUGUGUGUGUGUGUGUGUGUGUGUGGAUGGAAAUGUCACAUUUUGUGUUUGGUAGUGUGAAUAUGUGCGGGGGCUGUUUGGGGUAUUGCAUGUGAGAGGCUGCAUGUGGGGUUGUGUGCAUGUAUGUGGAUUGUUAGCAGGUUAUGUUUGUGCGGAUUGUAUGUAUGUUUGCUUGUGGGCUGUUUGUAUUAUUUGUAUGAGUGGAGGGUUAUUAUGCAUUUAUGUGUAAAUCUAGCAGUGUGGGUGGCUUCCCUGGGUUCCAAUGGGGACCAGGCUGGCCAGGUACAGGUCAAGGACAGGAGCUGCAACAGCAGCUACAGGCUGCCCUACCAUAUUGUGGAUUCCCAUUCACAAGUGCUGGGAGGAAGUGAUCUGAGAUCACUUACUCUAUGUGCUGCAAUGCAUAAAUUGAAGAUUGUCCUUCACCACCUUUUUAUAUUAGCAGCUAUCUGAAGAUUCACUGGGACUCCUGAUAGGCCAGAGCCUGUUUGGCUGUAGCAGCCUUGAGUGCCGUGCAAAGACACCUUGAGUGCCGUGCAUGGCACUAGUGCCGUAGGUUGCCUACCCCUGUACUAGAGUAUUUUAAAAGCAUGAGCGGUUUAUUGAGAGACGAAAGCUUAGCUAAGGCUUUAACGGCGAUAUCCGCCUAAAUGUCUCUCAACUAUCACCUGUGUGAAGGGUUAAAAAAAAGUCUUUCCAUUCUAUAUUGGCUGAAUGAUGCUGAUGGAUGUACUGAUCGAAUGAUUUUAAUUGUUUAAGCACAUCAAGUUACCAUUUUGAUCAAUCUGCUUUUUACUCUCUCUGCAGGGAGGACCUCUGGCUAGUACCUUAACCAUGGCACUUGCUGCUGUGUCUGCUGCUUACCAAGUGCUCAGAGGGACUACUGGAAUUUUCACUAGUCAGUCGACAUCACUGCUGUCGAGGGCCCGUGCUUUGUAUGCCUGUUCCCUGAAUAGGUGGGUGAUCUGUCUGCAGGCACUAUUAAAUAUUGUUUGCAAAGUGAUGUGAUGGCAGUUCUGUUGUUUUAGGAAAGAGAUGCUCUCAUCAAACUCUCAAACAGUAGAUCUUUGUUGCUGUUGUUACAGGACAGAGGCCUUUCGUAAGUUAUACUAAUGCAUGUUAUUCAGUGCAAAACCGCUAGCCCCAUUAAUUCUGGCUGUGCUGUUAAAAACAGCUUGUGUCUGGUGGGUUUGCACUGGAGAGCCUCUUGCAACCAUACCGUAUAAUUUCUCUAUUGUUACCUUGACAAAAAAAAUAUGAAUUCAUCAUCUGUCUGCUCACUGAAGACCCAAUGCUACUUUAUAACCCUGAAAUCUGGAUUUAUUUGAACUAGAAGGAAAAUGACUUCAAAGAGGAAAACAGAUCACUUGGAGAGAACGGCAAAUAAAUUUAGACAAGAAGUAAGUUCUGUGUGUCUGUCUGCCUUUUUUCCUUUUAAUCUCUGUUGCAGAUUAGUGUUUCUCUAUGAAUUUUUUUUUUUUUUUUUUUUAACAUUCUCUCUUUUCUUAUUGUGUUUGUAUGUAAAAGUCAUUUCAUUUUUGUUUUGUUUGAGAAACAGAGUAAUUCUGGCAAAGAGUGAGCCACAGUGUCUGGAACGAAUAGAAGCGUUCAUUCACAAUUCUGUGUAAAUAAAGUGGAUUAGCAAAUUGCUUGAUAUGUCUAAGAAAGCAUAUUUGUUUGGGUUUCUCAUCUCUGUAAUUGUCUUUUCCCUUCCCAGAUCAUUGAUCAAUUGUUAAGGUAAACUGCUAACUAUGGGGGUGCAUAAAUAGCAGUAGCAAAACAUUGUAGGUGAUAGCCAGGAGGAAUAUAAUUUUAUUUAUUUAUUUGAAUCCAUCCUUGGUUUUUACAAUGAUGCGUCAAACCUUAAGCAACAAAAACCUACAAUUGGAAAAUUAGAAAUCACCAAGAAUCUGGAGUAGUUUUGUGCAUUGUAUUACUUUAAAUCCAGAAACAUAUAGUUCUUUGUUCUAUUAUUAGAUUUCUGGCUUUAAAGGCACACUCCAGACACUGUAACAUCAUCUUCGGAAACUAUAGUGAAAGGAAAACAAAGUUGUUUUCCCUAGCGCUAUAGUGACCUACAAUGCCCCCCUCCCUUACCGGCCCCCAACCCUGUGGUGCUGGAAGUGUUAAAAACCCUUUUGUCACUUACCUAAUUCCAGUGCCGAUGCCCCUUAGCACAUGGUCAGGCUCCAUCUCCGCUCUUCUUCCACCGACAUCAGCUGGCGGUGAGGACCUAAUGCGCAUGCGCGGCAAGAGCAACUCAUGCAUUAGGACUACCCCAGAGGAAAGCAUAGCUCUAUACUUUCCUGUGGGGUUUUAGAUGACGCUGGAUGUCCUCAUGGAGAGCGUGAGUACAUCCAGUGUCAGUCGACCAAAAGUCACCUAACCACACAGAAGUGGUAGACAGCCACUAGAGGUGGAGUUAACCCUGUAAUAUAAUUAUUGCUGUUUAUCAAUACAAAUGAGCUGAAUUGGUCUGGGUGCCUAUAUUGUCCCUUUAAGUUGUUAUAGUGUGAGGAAGUCCCAGGCACCAGUUUACCUAAAUUGGUGUUAAAUUGUUAACAAACGCUUUAACCCUAAAGUCUUCAAUCCAGCGCUGUCAGCUCUGCCCUAUCAACCCUUCACUUUCUUUUCAGCCAUGGCUUCAAUCCGGAAGCUUUGGACUGAGUACCACAUUAUUUCUUUGCUCCGUUUUCGUGAAUCAGUGGAGUCCAGGCCAAUGCUUCCUGUUUGGGCACUGCAUUGAAGACUUUGGGGUUGAACCAUUCGGUUAUGAUCUAACCCCUUGAAGAAAGCCAGCAUCUGGGACCUCCUCACACCAUAACCACUUAAUUCUGAUCAGGUUUUUAUGGUGCCUGUGACAUGCAGUAGAAUUUACUAUGAAAUUAUACAUCGAAAUAUACUUAUUCCUAUACAUAGACACUGUAUGCAAUAAAAAUGCAAAUACAGGGAUUUAUGAAAUCAUGUAUUGUGCUAGCACAGGUAGCUGAUUGUUCUCGUGUUCAGUGUGAAAACUGUACUGCAAUCUUCACCUCCUUUCCCCAGUAUAAAAGGUACAAGGUGUUUUUGUGUGCGUGCAUAUUUUUCAUAUGAAAAGGUCUCGAUGCUGGCCGGCAUCUUGUAAUUAUACCUGCAUCUGUCGGCUCAGGCUCAAAUAAACUACUUUGCACAUCAUAGAUUGGUUUAUUUUUCACUACAGCCCACAUCACAAUUAUCUAGAAUGCUUUUCUGAUUUUUACGCAAAGCCAAUAAUACAUGAAUACCAUAGUAGUUUUUAGAAGUUAUGUUUGUUUAUUUAUGUUUCAUCAUGUUUAAAGGGACACUAUAGGAUCUUAGACCACUGCAGCUCAUUGAAGUGGUCUUGGUGUACUGUCCCUGUCCCCUUAACCCCGCAGUGGUAAUUAUUGCAGUUUCUGAAAAACUGCAAUAAUUACCUUGCAGGAUGAAGACUGCCUCUACUAGCUGUCAAUCAGACAUCCACCAGAGGCACGUCCGGGUCGUUACGUGACUUUUGGUCGCCUCACUAACACUGGACGUCCUAACGCCCUGCAUGAGGACAUCCAGCAUCAGUCAAUUCCCCAUAGGAAACAUUGCAGCAUUAGCAUUCUCCCAGAAGGAGGGAGCGGAGUGCCGACCCAGUGCUGAGGAACAUCGGCGCUGGAAUCAGGUAAGUACAGUAAAGAUAUUUCAACCCUUACUAUGUCUGAGAGGGAUGGGGGUGCAAGGGAACUAUAGUUCUAGGAAUACAGCUUUGUAUUCCUAUACUAUAGUAUCCCUUUUAAAUUGCUAAUAUACCAUUGAACAUUAUGUAUGUAAUGUUUUUCUUUUGUAUAUCUGUAUAUUUAGAUUUAUUAAAAGGCAACAAACGUCUCAUAGUUUUCCUACAGGUAGCCUUGUACAGGCUCUCGGGGAUGGCAGCUGGCAGUGGGGGCAGCUACGUGAUCCUUUAUGAGAUGAUGACAGUUUUUUUAGUUUUGCCCAUGUAAGGUGUCAUUGUAGAAAAACUUUUUGCCAUUUGGGUGCUAUUCCAUAUCUGAUGCAUGGCAUGGUAGGACAUCUUUUUUUGAUUUUUACUGCCAGAGCUUAGGGGUGCUACCAGACCAGUACCUGAAACUUGAGUUGUCUGAACAAUCCACACAGAUGUUGAAGAUCUUUUUUUCAUUACUCAAGAGGUACAUGCAGAGGUCAGACUUAAUCUACACAGCAGAAUGUAUAUAUUAAAUUGUAUUACUUACCUAAAGGAGACCUUGCCACCCACACAUUCCUACACGGAAAGCUGGUUUAAAUAAUUAUCUUGCAUUUGUAGAUUAUGUAUUAUUUUAGAGGUAUGUGUCAUAAUUCAAUUCUGCAAAACAUAAAAAUACUAUCGAUGACCGACUGAAAUGGCAGGUCGGUUAAACAUGCGGCAGUGUUUAGCUAACUGCAUGUCUAUUUGGAACUGCGUAUUUAAUAAAUAUAUAGUAUUUUUGAAAUUGCAGCUAUUAAAAGGUGUGUCUGUGGCAUUUUUUUGAUCUAUUAAUCUAUAUGACUUUAAUUUCAUGGCACGCAGCUCUACAGACACUGACAAUGUAUCCAUUCAACACGUUUAAAUGGAGGAUUGAAGCAUUCUGCUCUGAAUACUGUAUAUUGAUUUAUCCAAAAGUAAUUGGAUAUUUGGCUGCUGAACUUUUUUUUUUUGGCCAGGUGCGUGCCAUUGCAUCAUUGUUUCAUACGUAAAUAAAACUGGGUGUGACAUUUUUAUUUGGAGUUAAUUCUAAGCAACCAUGAGGCAAUAAAAUCCACUGUGUGGUACUGUAUAAUCUUAGCAUCAAAGCUAGUACAUUGAACUGUAGUGCUUAUGGUGCCAGUGGUCAGAUCAGAACAGCCAGCUUAAGUUCUGGUUGGAGAACACAUCUGUAAAUGACAAGAACUGUUCAUGAUCUAAACUCUAAAGCAUAUCACCUAAUACUUGAAAUGUAGUGGAGGUUAUAGUCAUGGUUUACUUAUCUAUGGUUGCCACUGGAGAUGGCUCACUUGUCUAUUCUAGAUGAACUCUGACGUUUAUUUACAACAUUUUAGUUACAUAACAUCAUAUUCUAAAUCUCAUUACUGUCACAUACAUUCUUAACAAAAUUAAUUUAAGAAAACAUUCUUUGAGUCACAAACUGAAUCUAUUUGAGCAUUAAUUUCACUUUCUGGGGACAUCUAAAGAAAUAACGCACAUCCAUUUAUUUAAAUGAAAAACACUUCACAAGUACAUCACUGUAUUUCAAAGGAUACAGUACAUACAAAUAGACCCCUAAAUGCACAUACAUACGCAAUCCAGAAGCAUGCUUACAUUUAAAUGCGCAAACACUGCUCACAAAAACAACCCUGCAAGGAUGGGCAAGUGGUAGCUCCCUAUCUGGUAUAGCAUUGUUGGAAUUGUAAGACUUUUGUAGAUGCUGCACAUCUCCAUUUUUCAGCCAUUUUACACAUACACCACCUCUUACAAUGCAAACAUUUGUAUGUCAUGCAUUUAACAACUAGUAACCACGUACUAGUAGUGACUGUAUGUCAUCUAUAGUUUUGUUUCAACUUGCAUACUGUUCAUUUCAGAUUAUUUCUCCUGCAAAUGUCUGUGGGAUCACUGAUGAAUCUGCGACUGUGAAGAGGGUACGACUUGCUGUUGCCAACAGUGAAUUUUCAUUUAAAGCGGGGCAAUGGUAA